AUGAACCGUCUCUUUGGCUCGCGCAACGCAGCACCAAAGCUCAGCAUGGCCGAUGCCAUCAAGAGCACAGAGGAGCGUGCGGAUGGCGUCGAGGUCAAGAUUCGAAAGCUCGAUGGCGAGUUGGCCAGGUAUCGCGAUCAGAUGAAGAAGAUGAGGGAUGGGCCUGGGAAGUCAGCUAUCCAGCAACGCGCCCUUCGCGUGCUCCGCCAAAAACGCCUCUACGAAUCGCAGCUCUCCCAACUUCAACAACAGUCCUACAACAUGGAACAAGCCACGAUGACGACGGAAAACCUACGCAACACCAUGGCAACAGUAGACGCAAUGUCCACAGCCAACAAGGAGAUGAAGAAGACGUACGGCAAGAUCGACCUAGACAAGAUUGAGGACGUGCAAGACGACAUGGAGGACCUCAUCGAGCGCGCCAACGAGGUGCAGGAGACCCUCGGGCGCAGCUAUGGUGUGCCAGAUGAUGUGGAUGAGAGUGGUUUGCAGGCGGAGUUGGAUGCUUUGGAGGAUGAUCUGCUUCAGGAGGGAUUGAGCGGUGAGACCGAGGGGGCCAUGCCUAGCUACUUGCAGCAAGACAGUACGAGCGCACUGCCUGACUUUGUGGACGAAGCGCCGCAGCAGCAGCAUGAGUCGGUGAGUGGGCGCGAAGACGCGGAGGCUCGGUGGCGAUGA